AUGUGGCACUGUGUGACACGGUCGGACCACCGGUACCCUACAUUGGACUUCAGUCAGGAGGAGCUUCAGCAGCGUUUUAAAAAACAGCUCACCAUUGAGCAGGACUGCACCAUCACCAUCGACUCUGUGGAGGCCCAAAAGCCCAUCACUGAGAACAUGGCCAAAAUGAGGAAGCUGCUGGCGGUUCAGCGGGUCCUGUGGCACACGAGCCUCCUCCAGGCCCUGAGGGAGAGUAAAACGAUCCUGGCUAACACCAACACUACGGACAAUAGGCAUAACCUUUAUCCCUACCUCUGUGUGCUAGAGGAUAAAGACUAUGUUGACAUCAUGAUACAGAGUAUUGACGAACUGCCUCCAAGUGGAGAGGCGCUGAAGAUUCUAGCCAAAUAUCUGGGCGGCAGGGUCAACACCAAGUACUCCGUGAGGCAGAAGCAACACAAUCAGACGGUGGAAAAAUUGAACAAUAUUUACAACACCUACACGGGCCUGGUGGCAAAAGAUGGAAAGGAUUUUGACACCCUUCCCAGAGAGCAGUGGUGUAAGAUAGUGACGGACCAUAGUUCAGGCCCCUCGCUGCAGGGAGGAGAGAGCGAUUUGCCGUUCAUAGUAACCCUGGAGCUGGGCAUGUACAUGGUGGAUCUGAUGGUCAGCAACAUCAAAAUUAAUAGCGACAUCCUGAAUCCCGAUUUCGACAAGAAGUUCAUACCCCUCAUCUACCAUAUGUACACCUUUCGCAGCACACGACAGGUCGGCUUCAUCAAACCUCACCCCAUCCUGUCUCAGAUCCAGCUGGAAGCCAUGGAGACCAAGUUAACCUUUGACUCCUAUGUGAUGCCAAUGCUGUGCCCUCCUGUGCCCUGGAAUUCAGUCAAGUCCGGAGCCUACCUGCUGACACCUAGCCAGCUGAUGCGCACAGCGGAAGGAGCCACGCAGCACAUGGAGUUGCUGGAGCAAUGCCAGAACCUCCAUGCGGUCCUGGACACUCUCAACCAGCUGGGCAACUGUGCAUGGAGGAUCAAUAAGCCUUUGUUGGAUAUUAUUAUCUCCAUCUUUAAUGAUCGUGGUAAUGAUAAGCUAGACAUCCCUCCUCCUUUGUCAGAAGCCCCCAAAAUACCCCAUUUCAGCGCCCAAGAUCCCAGUAGUACGUCUUCUGAGAAGGCCCAGAUGAAGAGGGAGGUGAGUAAUGCCAGGAAGAAGGGCAGUGAGAUGCACAGCCUGCGAAUGGACGCUCUUUAUAAACUCUCCAUCGCCAACUGCAUGCGGGAUGAGGUCUUCUGGUUCCCUCACAACAUGGACUUCCGUGGACGAACCUACCCCUGUCCCCCGCACUUUAAUCACCUAGGAAGUGAUGUCACACGGGCUGUCCUCGUGUUUGCAGAUGGGAAGCCCCUGGGUCCAAAGGGACUUGACUGGAUAAAGAUCCACUUAGUCAAUCUGACGGGACUGAUGAAGAAGAGCUCACUGGAGGGACGGCUGGAGUACGCCAACAGCAUCAUGGAGGACAUCCUGGACUCUGCCGACAACCCUCUCACUGGUAAGAAGUGGUGGAUGAAUGCAGAUGAGCCCUGGCAGGCUCUGGGCUGCUGCAUGGAGAUAGCCAACGCUGUGAGAUCUCCCGACCCAACGCGGUUCAUCUCUCAUUUUCCUGUUCACCAGGACGGUUCUUGUAAUGGUCUCCAGCACUACGCUGCUCUGGGCAGAGAUAUUAUUGGUGCCACAUCAGUCAACCUCACGCCCUGUGAGCUGCCUCAGGAUGUGUACAGUGGAGUCGCACAGCAG